GCCAUCGGUUGACCAAUAGGAGCCGUCCUGGGCGUGAGUCGACCCUCUUCCCGCUGCGGUUGGCGCCCGCAUCGAGGGCGGGGUUGGCAUCGCGCCUUCCAGGAGACGUUGGGCGCUGCGCUCGGGCGGGCGGGCAGAGGCGGCGUCCGCUUUCUGCUGGGCGAUGAUGGCGAAGAGGGCUUGCACGAGACGCCGGAAGAUGCUGUCUUCUGGGAGGUUGACAGGAACAACUAAAAUGACAUGCAAUGGAAAACAGGUAGCUGUAAGAAAAACAGCACAUUCUGAUGUAGAAUCUGGGUGUUCUCUCUAUUCCAAAGACUCUGAAGAUCAGGUUGAAACUAUUCAUUAUGGCCUUGAUCACUGUGCAGCACUGCUCAAGGAUAUCUUGCAAAAUGAGGUUGAACGAAUAGAAACCGUUCAUCAAAAGACAGGAAAAGCAAGCAGUGUCAAAACAACAUCUAGACCCCUACUUAAUAAAGUGAAAAGGGGUGCAAAGAAAACUACUCUUUCUACGCAUGUACAUAAAGAAAUUGUGCCUGUAUCAAAUAGGAAACCAGCCUCUGUUAGUAAAACUGCUGUUGAAGAAGACAGAACCCCUUUAAACACUGAACAGCCCCUUGUUCAGCCAGUUCCAGCAUCUUUCACGCAAUGUUCUCCUGUAAUCCACCAAAAGUUGUGUAAGCAUGUGCAGACUCAAGUGUCUCUGCAGAAUAUCCAACCUCUACAAAUAUCCACUGGUAUUCCAGAAGUUCCACUUUGCCUCAUUCCUGAAAAUGGAUGUCAACCUGUUGCAGCAUUCGGUUACCAUAGACCUACUUCCACCCCAGCUCUGUCUCCACAGUAUACAGCUAAUCCGUCAGUUGUUCCGUCUGGCAUUUCCAUGGACAGCUGCAGCCAGUGUGCACCGCAGAUGGAACCCGGUCUUGCUCCAGCAGGUUUCAGUGCUUCCGCUUCUGUUGCCAAAGUGCAGCCUGUUCCUAUAUGUUCUGCUCAGCCCCUUCUACUUCAAACCACUCUGAACAAUCCUACAAAAUCCACAGUCCUCGCAGCACCUGGUAACAGAGAGGCUAUAUCAGACCAAGGAAGCCAGGACCGAAAGCUAAAAGAGACUGACCUAAUAAGGCGUAUGCACCUGGCUCUGUUGCAUGUACAUGAAAAAGAAAACAAACGUGGCAAGGCUAAUGGAAAGUGCCAGACUGUUGAUCCUAUACAAGCUCAGUCCUCAGAUUCCCAAGGAGAAACUGCUGAGGAACAUAGCGAGGAUACCCUGAGUAAACAGGAGGGAGUGGAUGGAGGUGACAUGGCACCAGUGAGAGAUACAGGUUGUCAGACUAGCUUCGACAAGGCAGAUUUAAAGCCUCAACGAGGAAGCUUGCAAGAAACAGCAACAAAAAUUAAAACAGUGAAGUAUUUUUUGAGAGAGCUGAAGGCUCUGCUCAUAGACCAUGAUGAUUCAGAAAUCUUGAGGCUGCUAAGAGAAGUGGAAGACUGUAUAUCUUUCUUGCCUGCUGCUGUUGACAGUUCAAAUGCAGAAGCCGAAAUAGCACUUGCUCUUCAACCUCUCAGAAGUGAAAAUGCCCAGUUGCGCAGGCAACUAAGGAUUUUGAACCAGCAGCUCAAAGAACAAAAGAGAGCUGCAAAAGAUUGCAAUCGGGAUGGCGAUAUUGAUUUUAUCUCGCUUCAGUCCUUGAACAGGACACUGCAGAGUCAAAUGAAUGAAUCCAUGAAAAGUAUUGAGUCACUGCAAAAUAAAAAUGAAGAACUAAUUAAAAUCCUAGAAAGCCAAAGGGAAGAAGAAAAAAGACUAACAAGAAUAAUCCACGAGAGAGAGCAAGAACUGCUAGAAAAGAAACAACAGAACGAUGUUGAAUUAACAAAGCUCAAAAUGGAAGCAGAUGAGAUGCUGGCCAACAUGAAGAGUUUCCAGUAUAAGGUAGAAGCAGCUGAGAAAGAGAACCGAAUCAUGAGUAUUACAUUGCGUCAGCGAGAUGCAGAAGUGGGCAGACUGCGCGAAUUGACAAGGGCUCUACAGGGCAGCAUGUCCAAGCUUCUGUCAGACCUCACUAUGGACACCAAGCCACCGAAACCAGGAAAGAGCCUAUCAAAAGCUCUCCUGGAAAUUCAUGAAAAACAGCUUCAGGGUGACAUGUACCCUCUUAGUGCUUUCGUAAUGAGCUACCUCCAAAAUGUAGAGAUUGAUCAGGUAAAUACAGAGCCCCUCUCAAAGGGGGAAACGAAAGAAGCAGAUCAAACGGAUGACAGGGCAGCUGAACACUCCCCUCAAAAGUCUCCUCUUGUUCCACAAGCAGUGCCGGCUCCAGCAAACCCAUUCGCCUUUCUAAAGCCUGAUGUGGAGGCAGCCAGUGAUUUGAGCACUCUAGUGGGGGGAGACAAGCUGGAUGAGACGAUUUAUAUUCCUUUGACUAGCAGUCCAUCAAAGAGAUUGGCGGUGGCAGCUGAAAGAUGUGGCAUGUCUCUCCAAGAUCCGAAAAACCAUGACUUUGGAUUGGCUGAUUCAAAACAGUUAAGCAGGUUUGGGGUGUUGGAUGAGGCAAAAGUCUUUGAUAAAUUCAGUGGUAGCUGCACUCUAAAGAAGACUGUGGAAAAUAAACCUGAAAAUAUGUGGAGGACAGCAACGCUGGAAAGCACGAGGCCUCAAACACAGCCAAAAGAAAUAACAAACAGAGCUGCUAAAGAGAUUUUGGAUAAUCCAGGCAGACUUCAGCCUGAUAAAUUCUUUUAUACUCCCAUUUCACAUUGCAAAGGAAAUGUGCAGAAAAAGGGCAUUGGAAUUUCUGCUCCCGACUCAAGUUUUUCAACCUUUGAUUGCUUGUCAAAAAAAUCAGAAUGGACUAUAUCUUCCUUUUCAACAUUCACUUCUCAGGAUGAAGAGGACUUUAAAAAUGGUCUUGCAGCCUUGGACGCUAACAUAGCAAGACUGCAAAAGACAUUGCAGAACAAUUUGACAAAAUGAGUUCUCAUGGAUGAAAUGGAGGAAGAGGCAUGCUUUUCUUAAUCUCAAAGUGAUUUUUUAAAAAAACCUUCGCACUGUUAUUUUAAUAGCCAGUUGUUUUCUGGAUUGAUACAAAAUUCAGUGUCCUUGUCCUACUUCAUUUACAGGAAAAAAAUGAUAAAAUCAAGUAAAUCUGAUUCUAAAUUUUGUAACUUAACCAUCGUAAAUAGACUGUUAAUUAUGAAUAUUUGUUUAUCACAUUAAAGCUUUUUAAGAUAA